AUGCUUGAUUACCGAUCGCUGCUGCGAGAGGCGCGCAAAGUUCGAUUCGAAUCGGGUCUGACGCCUCUGCCUGAGGUUGAGCUCGAUGAGCUGCGUGUGUCUGAGGCCUCUGGCCGCGUGAUACGCGAGCCUUCUGCUGACCAGCGCCACUGUCUAUUUGAAGAUGGUCUGAGAGAGCUGUCUAAGGGCGGCUACGCCCUGCUCAUCCUCUCCGGCGGCCUGGCAACCCGGGUCGGCAUCACCUUCCCCAAAGCGUUGCUUCCCAUCUCGCCGGUGCGCCGCAAAACGCUGCUCCAGUUACAUCUAGAGAAAGUGAACCGUUUGUGCGCGUUGCUCGGCAAGGAUAGCGUCCCGCCGCGUGUUUUCAUCCUGACGUCUCCCUUCAACCACGACAGCAUCGAAGGCUACCUGGAGUCGCAGCGUUUCUUCGGGCUCGACAAACGGCAAGUGGUACUGGUGAUGCAGGGCACAGCCCCGUGCUUGACCCUAGACGGCAACGACUUCUUCCCGUGCCCCCCUGCCGAAGACGGUUCCGACAGCAAGGUAGUGGAGGCACCCAAGGGCAACGGAGCACUGUUCGAGGCGCUGGCGCACUGCCCGGAGUUCAUGUCACAGCUGGAAAACUUAAGGCUGUUGCAUGUUAUUGCCAUUGACAACGCGCUGUCUCGGCCCCUGGACCCCGAGUUAGUGGGUCUGGCGCUGCGAUGCCCGGGAGUGGAGGUGCUGAACAAGUGCGUGGUUAGGCGCGGAUCGGAGAAGGUAGGUGUUUUCUGCAUGGGUAAAGCCCCACGAGUGGUGGAGUACAGUGAGCUUGAGAUGUUGCCGGACGCAUCAUUUUUGCAAGGGACGACACGCGUUUACGGCAACAUGUGCGACCACGCCUUCUCGGGCGAAUUUCUGCGCCGGAUUAUCGAAGAGCAGCUCUUCAAGCAGCUCCCCUAUCAUGCAGCUAAUAAGGUGGUGUCGUAUUACGACCAAGAUGAGGGGCGAAUGGUGAGACCCGAUGCACCCAACGGGUAUACGCUUGAGCUGUUCGUCUUCGAUGUGUUCCAAUUCGCUUCCAGGGUGAUGUGCAUCGAGGUUGACCGCGAUUCACAGUUCGCACCUGUCAAAAAUGUGGCCGAUUACAACGUGUACAAUGAGCUCUCAGCGCAGCACCGGAUCAGCCGACAGUCCAGGAACUGGCUGGAGGCUGCCGGAGCGGAAUUGGGAGAGGGUUUCUUCGAAGUUUCCUGUCUUGCUAGUUACCAAGGUGAAGGGCUAGAGAGGUACCGCGGAGCGCGCCUAGAGGGUCCGAUGUAUAUCGAGUAG